AGUGACGGCGACAGGGCGUCUAUAAAACACCACACACACUCACACACACACACACACACUCACAUCUCAUCUGAGUCUCUCCAACGAAACAAUCAUGAGCAACAAUCAGAAGAGCAGAAACUCUGCCAAAGAUCAGGAUGUGAUGAAAGUGGAUUUCCGGUGUCUGAAAAACAACACCGAUCAUCACACCAAUGAAAUCACAGUGGAGCGUCUCAUUAUACGGAGAGGACAACCCUUCAGUGUGACACUCGCUGUUGAGCGUCAGCAGCAAGAUUACAUCGAGCUCACUGCGGAGACGGGUCCUGAUCCGUCUGUAGAGAAGGGCACACGCUGUUCGUUUAACACUAGACGGAAGUGUGGCACCAGUGUGGGCAAGAGCUGGAGUGUGAGUGUGAUGGAGAGCUCACCCUCCUCUGUCACCCUGUCCGUUCUGUGCCCAUCAGAUGCCAGUAUCGGUGUCUAUUCGCUUGCAGUGAUAACCGGCUCCAACACGACUGCAGUCAGAUGUCUGGGCACGCUGACGGUGCUCUUUAACCCCUGGUGUGAGGAUGAUUGGGUUUAUCUGCCCAAUGAUGCGGAGCGGCAGGAAUAUGUGAUGAACGAACAUGGGAUUGUGUAUAAGGGAGUGGGGGAAUACAUCACAACUUUAGCCUGGGACUUCGGUCAGUUUGAAGAUGAUAUUCUUGAUAUCUGUCUGAAGCUGCUGGACUUGAACCCUAAAUGUCUGAAGGACGCUCAAGAGGACAUCUCAGCACGCUGUAACCCCAUUUACAUCAGUCGAGUGGUCAGCACCAUGAUUAACUGUGAUGAUGAUAAGGGUGUGUUAAUGGGUCAAUGGGACGGCACGUACAUCGGAGGCAUCAUUCCGAGUCACUGGUCCAGCAGCGUGGAAAUCUUAAGACGCUGGAAGAAGUACGGGUGUUAUCCGGUCAAAUAUGGACAGUGCUGGGUGUUUGCUGCAGUUAUGUGUACAGUGAUGCGUUGUUUGGGGAUUCCCUGUCGUGUCGUCACCAACUAUGAAUCCGCUCAUGACACGGAUCAGAACCUCAUCGUUGAUGAAUACUUCGGUGACUAUGGCGUGAAACCCAAACGAAACAUGGACAGUGUUUGGAAUUACCAUGUUUGGGUGGAGGGAUGGAUGAGACGUCCUGAUCUGUCCGAAGACUCGUUCUAUGAUGGUUGGCAGGUUCUGGAUCCAACGCCACAGGAGAAGAGCUCAGGAACUUACUGUUGUGGUCCAGCACCUGUGAAGGCCAUUUGUGAAGGUCACACCAAUGUCAAGUACGACAUACCUUUUGUGUUCGGGGAGGUCAAUGCAGAUAAAGUCACAUGGUUGUUGAUGGCCAACGGCACCAAAAAGAAGAUUCAGUCAGACACGAAAACUGUCGGACAGAGUAUCAGCACUAAAGCCGUCGGCUGUGACAAACGACAGGACAUCACUAAAAACUACAAACACCCAGAGGGUUCUGUGGAGGAGAGAGUGGCGUAUGAAGAGGCCGUGAAACGAGUAACUGAGCUGAAGAUCAGCGAAGCUCCGCCUCCUCCAAACAUUAACAUGAAGAUCGAACUGGACGGGAAGCCCCUGAAUGGUGUGGACAUUAAACUAAACCUCAUCGUGAAGAGUGUAAACUCAAAAGCACAAGCUCUUUCCCUGAAGAUGAACGCUCAGAUCAUGAGAUACACGGGCAAUCCCACAGAAGCUGUCUGGAGUGACAACAGAGACAUACAACUGACACCCAAACAAGAGCAAACUAUUCCUGUCACGAUCCCCUUCAGCGCAUACGGACAAAAACUGCAGGACAACAACUGCAUCAAAGUGUCUGUGAUCGCAAUGGAUAAAACUGACCCCAAAGAGAUUUUCCUGGUGGACAGAGACAUCGUCCCACACAACCCGACUCUAAACUUAACUGUGACUGGAACUCCUCUAGUGAACAGUGAGAUGACCGCUGAAGUCAUGUUUGAAAACCCUCUUGCAGUUCCUCUGAAGAACUGCUGCGUCACACUCACAGGCAGCGGAUUACUGAAACAAACAGAGGAGAACAGGAUUGCUGAGCUCGCCGCGGGACAGAAAGGAAGUUUGAAAGUGAAGUUCAGACCGUAUCGAGCCGGCCCGAAGACACUGGUGGCUAACUUCGACAGCUCGACCUUUAAAGACCUUAAAUCCAGCUGUGACGUGAACAUCAGACCCUCUACAGCACGUUCUGGAUAUCUCACUUUCGGCAAAUGAGACGACUGGAAGAACUCACUAACAGUGUCAAACUGACAUUAUAAAAGUGUGAAACUAGUUUAGUGUUAAAAUCCUUUCUCUUAUUCCCGCUCAUUCUGCAGAAACACUCAAUGUAAGACACGUCUCUGUGUCCUUUAUAUAUUGCUCUGAGUGUUUUGAGACAACAACAACCCCGACUCAACCAAUGGUGUGAGAUAUCUGUUAAUCCAGCCAAUGGAAGACGACGGGGAAACAAUGUUUAUAACUCACUCUAUAUGUCAUACAUCAAAUGCAGAAAUGUUUGUGAAAUGAUGACGAUAUUAAUAUUAAUGUACUAUAUUUACUUGACCAUGAAGUCAAUAAAGUAUCUUUCUGUCUCAAAACUAUUUGCAGAAGUUGACAAA